GAGAGCUGGCGGGCGGGCGGGGCAGGGUUCGGCGGCGCCUGGCGAGGACCAAAGUGCGUCUGCAGACCAGGCAAAACCCAAUUGAGUUGGACAGCCAUGCCCAGGUACUGCCGGGCUCCGAACUGCUCCAACACUGCGGGCCGAUUGGGCGCAGAUCACCGCCCGGUGAGCUUCUACAAGUUCCCACUGAAGGACGGCCCCAGGCUGCAGGCCUGGCUGAGGCACAUGGGCCUUGAGCACUGGGUGCCCAGCUGCCACCAGCACCUGUGCAGCGAGCACUUCGCCCCCUCCUGCUUCCAGUGGCGCUGGGGGGUGCGCUACCUGCGGCCAGAUGCUGUGCCCUCCAUCUUCUCCCCGGCGACGUUCACCGAGAGGCAAGAGAAUUGCGGAAGCACCGAGAAACCAGUCAUGCCUCCGCCUCCGCCGGAGGCCACGUCCCUGUUCCCUGGCUCAGCCGGCCCGGCCCCGGGCCCCGUCCGCCUGGUGGUGCUGGGGCCAGCAUCCGGAGGCCCCGAGGCCCCAGCCACCGUGAUCCUGACUCCCCUACCCCUUCCGCCGGUUCCCGCGGGGCCGCGCCCUGGAGUCUCGGCCCAGCACCGCCGGGCUGGGCUGCACGCGGCGCUGAGAGCGCUGCAGCGGCGGGUGUGGAGGCUCCAGCGGCGCCACGAGCGGCACCAGGGGCGGCUGCGGGCUCUGGAACAGCUGGCGCAGCAGCUGUGCGCGGAGAGCCUGCUGGCACGGGCGCGCCAGGGCCUGCUGCGCGCGCUCCCUGGACCCCAGGAUUCCCAAGCCUUCACCAUCAUCUGUGGAGGGGCUGACAUUGCUGUGGUCCUAGCCCAAGGUCCUGCACCUCCCACGCUGGAUGCCAAGCUUGAGCUCCUGGACUCUCAGACUCCCAGUGCAUAAGGACCAGGACAGAUAAUGUCACAGGACAGAUGACAGAAGACAUAGAAGAGAGAGGCAUCACACAUGGGCUUGGCCCAGCCGCAGCACCCACGCCUGGGGCAAAGCAGUGUCUCCUUCAGUGCCUGGCUCCCGCUACUAGGGACCCCUAGGGACCCCUUGAAUCUUCGGGCUGAUCCGGGCCCAAGAUCCCUGUCAGCAGUGAUUACCCUGGGUAUCAGAUCCCUGCCAACCCCACCUGGAAUCUUUGCAGUCAGUAAAACACCCUCAGGAGUUCCCCAUUGGCUCAGCAGGUUAAGGAUCUGGCAUUGUCACUGCUGUGGCUCAGGUCACUGCUGUGGUGCACGUUUGAUUCCUAGCCAAGGAACUUCCACAUGCCUCUGUCAAGGCCAAAACAACAACAACCCAUCAGAGCAGAACAAGGGUUGUUUGGGGAGAGUUACAUCUGGUUCUGAAGAGCCCCUCGCACCCUUUGCCAGGCCUAGUACGAAGCUGGGAAUACGGCAGUGAACAUAGCUGACCGAAGUCCUGUCCUUAUGGUGCUCACACCCUGCUUGAGUAGAUGAACUAGUAAACUAAUAAACAAGAUAAUUUCAGAUGGUGAUAAGUGCUAUAAAAACUGAAUGAAAAUGAACAGGCUGGGCAGUGGGGAGGCUUCUUGAAGGAGACAAUGUUUGAGCAGAGACCUGGAUGAUGAGAAGGAGCUGGCCUGAAAGCAUGUGGGCCAGCUGUUGCAGAGAGAACAGUCCCUACACAUGCCCCAGGACACAAGUGUAAGCUGGAAGAGGGCAGUGUCGCCAUGGCAAACCCUGAAGCAGGGCAAGGAGGAAAUGUGUGUGUGAGGAGAGUGGGCUUGGGAUGCCAUUUUAUAUAGGGCAGAAAUGGUCUCAUUGAAAAGGCACCAAGAAGUGAAAGCCUAAAAGAGGGGAAAACAGGAACCAGGCAGGUUUCUGGGGGGAGAGGAUUCCAGGCAAAAGGAACAGCCAGUGCAAAGGUCCUGGGGUGAGUAGAAACAAAGAAGCCAGUGGGGUUAGAGUGGGCUGAGCGAGAGGAGGUGAGAUUGGAGAGAGACAGGAAAGUUCACGUAGGGAUUUGUGGGCUGUGGUUGAGAACAUUGGCUUUUACCUGGAGCAGGGUGUAGCAAGCAGAUGCCUCCAGGAAGGUCCUAAUGUGAUAGGCAUAUGGGCAGUGGAGAGGACAGGGAAGAGGUUGCUGCAAUAGUCCAGGUGGAAGAGGAUGAAGGAUGGACCAGGAUGGGGGCCUGGAGUUGGGCGUGAGGGAUGAAAUUCUGGAAAUGUUUUGAAUGUAGCUACCGGGCCUGGCCAUUAGGCAAAGUCAACCAGCCCUGUUCAGGCUAGGGUGAUUGGACAGCGCAGGCCACAGCCAGCCAGGUAUGACAGCCAAACCAGGGUACUGAAGCCAGGAAGGCCUGAGCCCUGAGAUAGCUCCUGGAGGCCUUUCUUGGGGAGGAGUCCAUUGGCAGAUGUAUCCCCUAAACACUGCUAAAGCCAUGUAGUGUGGUGAUUAAAAGCCCAGACUCUACAGCCAGGCCACCUGAAUUCAAGUCAGCUCCAUCACCUACUUGCUGUGUGCCCUUGGGCAAGUGGCCUAACCUUUCUGGGCCUGGUAAGUGCUCUUCGAGCACUACGGGAUCAAGCUGAUGAUAAUGAUUAUAGGAGUCUCUACAAAAUCAUGCCUCUAAGACAUCCCUUGUCUACGAAGAGCAUGGAGAAGAGGUCAAGUCUGAUAUGUCUGAGAGAAGAACACCCAUCGCUACCACACACCUAGCUCCUGUCCUAACUGGUCUGGUUUGGACGCCUGCGGAAAGGCGCCAUCACAGCGGGAUAGGCAAAGGAGAACUGUGCGCGUUUUCCCAUCCCUCUCUCUACCCUGGCUCUGCUUCAUCUCUCUCCUUCCAUCUCCAUCUCUCACAUCCUUCUCCGUAGCCAUUUCUUCUCCCCAUCCUCGGUGUCUAUACCCUUCCCACCGCUGCCUCCAGCCUUUUUAUCAAUGCAAACAGCCUCUCAGCGUCUCCGCCCCCGCGCCUCAGUUGAGGGUGACACAGCGCAUGCGCUGUCGGCGCCCCUCCCUCUCCACCCCCAUCCCCCGUCGGCGUCUGGGCCUCGUCCCCUUCUCUGUCUCCUUCGCCCCCAUCACUUCCCUCGACACUGACACCCCGUUGCGCCAGUUUCCCGGGUUUAAGCUUUGGUCUCCAGCCGCAUCCACCCGAGGUAAGUGGGGUAGAGGGGAGGCCUGCGGAGAAGGGGAGGGGCAAAGCAUCCUGCAUCCCGAGAUAAACAAACCCGGGGAGGGGGCGGCCUAGACUGAGGGGCCUGACUGGAGAAGAAUGGGGGACUAGGCCUGCGGGAAGUGCUAGGCGCUGGACCCACAAACCAGGGUCCUCUGCUGGGUGACUGGCACCCCUAUGACUGCUCAAAAUCCAGAGCUAGGGGCGUGGGAGCCACUUGGAGCCUUGGGAGCAUCUGGGGGCUCAGAUUCCGGAGAUUGUUGAGCACAGGCUCUAGCUGACCUCUGCCCCCAGGAUUUGCCUGAAGGCCACCCCCAACUCUUCAUCUGCCCCCUGAGGGCCACCAAGGACCAUGACUAAGACAGAUCCAGCCCCGAUGGCCCCACCACUCAGGGCGGAGGAAGAAGAAGAGGAGGAAGAAGAUGAGCCUGUCCAGGAGCCCCCCAGCCCCACCCAGGAGCGCCGGCAAAAGCCUGUUGUGCACCCCUCUGCACCUGCCCCCCUCCCCAAGGACUACGCCUUCACCUUCUUCGACCCCAACGACCCUGCCUGCCAGGAGAUUCUGUUUGACCCGCAGACCACCAUCCCGGAGCUGUUUGCCAUUGUGCGCCAGUGGGUACCGCAGGUCCAGCACAAGAUCGACGUCAUUGGCAAUGAGAUUCUGCGGCGAGGCUGCCAUGUGAAUGAUCGCGAUGGGCUGACCGACAUGACACUGCUCCAUUAUGCGUGCAAGGCUGGGGCCCACGGAGUUGGGGACCCCGCGGCAGCUGUGCGCCUCUCGCAGCAGCUGCUGGCACUGGGUGCCGAUGUGACCCUGCGCAGCCGCUGGACGAACAUGAACGCGCUUCACUACGCGGCCUAUUUCGAUGUGCCCGACCUUGUGCGCGUGCUGCUGAAGGGCGCACGGCCGCGAGUGGUGAACUCCACGUGCAGUGACUUCAACCACGGCUCAGCCCUGCACAUCGCGGCCUCCAACCUGUGCCUGGGCGCUGCCAAGUGUCUGCUGGAGCACGGUGCCAACCCAGCACUUCGGAACCGAAAGGGACAGGUGCCAGCGGAGGUGGUCCCAGACCCCAUGGACAUGUCCCUGGACAAGGCAGAGGCGGCGCUGGUGGCCAAGGAGCUGAGGACGCUACUGGAGGAGGCUGUGCCGCUCUCCUGUGCCCUCCCCAAGGUCACACUACCCAACUAUGACAACGUCCCAGGCAAUCUCAUGCUCAGCGCCCUGGGCCUGCGCCUGGGAGACCGUGUGCUGCUGGAUGGCCAGAAGACGGGCACGCUGCGGUUCUGCGGGACCACGGAGUUCGCCAGCGGCCAGUGGGUGGGCGUGGAGCUGGAUGAACCUGAGGGCAAGAAUGAUGGCAGCGUUGGGGGUGUCCGGUACUUCAUCUGUCCUCCCAAGCAGGGUCUCUUUGCCUCCGUGUCCAAGAUCUCCAAGGCAGUGGAUGCACCCCCCUCAUCUGUCACCUCCACACCUCGGACUCCCCGGAUGGACUUCUCCCGUGUCACUGGAAAAGGCCGCAGGGAACACAAAGGCAAGAAGAAGCCCACGUCAUCCCCAUCUGCAGGCAGCCUGCAGCAGCGCGAAGGAGCCAAGGCUGAGGUUGGAGACCAAGUCCUCGUCGCAGGCCAGAAGCAAGGGAUUGUGCGCUUCUACGGGAAGACAGACUUUGCCCCAGGCUACUGGUAUGGCAUUGAGCUAGACCAGCCCACUGGCAAGCACGAUGGCUCCAUCUUCGGUGUCCGGUACUUCACCUGCCCCCCGAAGCAUGGAGUCUUUGCACCAGCAUCUCGAAUUCAGAGGAUUGGUGGAUCCACUGACCCCCCUGGGGACAAUGUUGGAGCCAAAAAAGUACAUCAAGUGACAAUGACGCAGCCCAAACGCAACUUCACAACAGUACGGACCCCAAAGGACAUCGCAUCAGAGAACUCUAUCUCCAGGUUGCUCUUCUGCUGCUGGUUUCCCUGGAUGCUGAGGGCGGAGAUGCAGUCUUAGAGGCCCUGGACAUCCGAUGACGAGACACAGAGGCCCCUCUAGCGUCUCCUGACACACGGAGCCCCUGAGUUACCCUGAGAUAGAGAUUCCCAGUAACACAUCCAGAAUAGAGACCCCCGUUAGCCAGCCCUCGAUCACUGAGGCCCCAUUAUUAACAGAUGUCCCCCAUUGAUAACCCCCCAAAUACAGACCCUGUGUUACCCAGAAAGAGAUUCCCUGAGUGUAGCCCCUUCAGGCUAGUCCUCAUCCCAACCUCUCAGAGCAGACCCCCAAUAACAGAUUUCCACAUCACCCCAAAUGACAGUGACUUUCUCUACAUAAUGCUCCACACCAGAACAUUCCUGAGUCACUCGUCACUGGAUCAGAACCCUUCCCUGCUAACAAAGACCCCUCCCAUCAAGUCCCCUUGAAAGAAACACCUCCGGAGCAACAGAGUAACAGCCGUACAUUUAAUAUCAGUACCCUCAAGAUGUUGGGACCCCCCCGGUCACCCCAACAAUCCUUACACUGCAAUCAGAGACUCCCUCCAUUAACAAAAACCCGCUCUUAUCCCUCAAGAAGAGACCCACAUUACCCAGCCCACUCUCACCCCCCAAUUUACAGACACCAAAACAGUCCUGGAAGUGCUAAUUACAGGACCCCCAAGUCUUCCUAUCCUCUGCACCCUCAAGAAACCCCCAGUGCCUUGUAUGAAGCCCACCCCAUGCGGCCCACAGCACCUGUGCUGGCCAGGCUCCCAGAAAAUUCUCUAUUUUUAAAGUAAUUAUUUCCCCCUUUGGGGGACCCCAAAAUUUGGAGGCCCCAUUCUGGGACUCUGAGGAUCCCAAACCCCAGAGUACAUGUCCCAAACUCCCCUGUGCCCCCAAGUCCUACAACUCCUAGGAGACCCCAAAGCCCUAACUCACAGGACCCCCAAAUCAUGGAUCCCGCAAAUCCCCAGGGAAUCCCAAAUUUAAAAGUCCAAUCCCAAGCUCCCAGGAAACCCCAAUCACGGAGGUGCUUGCGCCUGGAAUGGAGGAGACUGUAGUUCAGGAUAUGCAUCCUGGGCUCCCAGGGCACCUCAGGCCCUAUUCAUAGGCACCAGGAGACCCCCAAAGAAAUUCCCAUUCCUGGAAACCAGAGGACUUUCAAUGCCCUGAGUCUGGGGACCUCAGAACACCUAAAUUCCAAGAGCCCCAGCCCCAAAGGAACCCCAAGUCCUCAAGAAUGAAAGGUGCCAGGGCCUUGAGGGGAUCCCAAAUCCUGGAACCCCCAUUUCAAUCUACAUUAAGGUCACAGGUCCAUAACACCAAAUAUUUGUUACUGGCCCGGAAGGACCUCACAGCACUCUGGCCAGACCAACAGCCGGACGGAGACCCUGAAGGCCCAGGGGGUCCAGGGCAGACCCGGGGCCCUGAACACCAAGGACAGCUCACGACUGCCCCUUCACUGCAUGUCCCCACCGCAUGACCCCUAACCCCUUCAAUAAAGACGUUUCUAUGGC